CCCGAGGAAGUAGACUGCACUUCAGUGUGACAGCUGACUUUCACCAACCUGUAGCUAAAGGCACGGUGAGAUUGUUUCAUAUUAAACUUUUGUUUGAUAACAACAGCAAAUACUUUCACCCGACAUUUUCUCUUCCGGUGUUUGCGUGACUCGGUUUGGACCUGAACUUUGCUUGGCUCUGAUCUUUGGUCCAUCGCCUCUGUCUUGAAAGUCUUGUAUCAACACAGCUUGUUGUGCUCCAGACAGCAAUGUGAACCACUGUUUAGGAUAUAGAUCCUAUCUUCAGCAUUCCUUGGAUAUCUAACGGACAUGAUUCAUCUCUCUUGAGUUAAAAUAAUAAUAAUAAAAACAAAUAAGAUCAGACAUUUAAAGGCUUCUCAGAGCUAUGAACCAAAUAUUUCUUUUUUACUGAGUGCUUUUUUGUGCACUUCUCUGUUUGGAUUUCUCAUAUUCAUUUAGUUUAUAUAUCGCUCCUUAGAUUUGGUUGAUUUCUCUUUAUGCCAUGGAGGUUACACCACCCAACUCUUCCAUUCCUCCACCUUUCCCAAUAAGGCCAGCCAUGGCUCCAUCCGUACAGCUUGGAGUCACUGUACUUUACACUUGCUUGUAUGGAGCUCUGUUCUGGAUCGUAUACAUCCAGCUCUGGUUGUUGUUGUUAUAUCGCCAUAAGAGAUGGAGCUACCAGAGUGUUUUUCUAUUCCUCUGCCUGUUUUGGGCAGCCCUUCGUACUACGCUGUUUUCUUUUUACUUUGGUAAUGCUGUCGCUGCCAACCACCUGCCAACUCCAAUAUACUGGCUCCUCUACUGUUGCCCAGUGUGCCUCCAAUUCUUUACUCUGAGCCUCAUCAAUCUCUAUUUUACACAGGUCUUGCUCAAAGUUAGAGACUUACUUAGUAUCGAACCCAGGAGAGGGCUGCUUUUGGCCCGCUGUGCAUAUGCAGCCAUGAGUGUGAUCUUCUUGUGUGUCAAUCUGGUGUGUGCCAGCCUUGGGGAGCGAGGGGACACAGGUGCGGCCAGGAACAAAACGUGGACACUGGUUCUAGUUCGCGUCUUGGUAAAUGACCUCCUUUUCAUCAUCGAGGCUGUGUGCCUGGCCGCUACACUGCUGCUCCUGACCCGAUUCUCUCCCACUACCAGCCCUUAUUUAGACAGUAAGGGUACAGGCCUUUGGAGAACAGCUGUGCUGGGAGCAGGUGUGAUCCUUCUUUUCUUCAGCAGAGCAUGCUAUAACCUUACUGUACUCAUCUUGUCACAGAAAUACCAUAUGGAGUCCUUCGACUAUGACUGGUACAACAUCUCAGAUCAGGCUGAUCUUCGUAAUGAUCUAGGAGACAUGGGCUACAUUAUUUUCGGAGCUAUUCUAUUCAUAUGGGAGCUCCUGCCCACAAGCCUGCUCAUUCUCAUCUUCAGAGUGCCUCGUCCUCCUAAAGAAAUGAAGUGUAGUCCUGUUAUCACUACAAGGGCCUCACGCUCAUAUUUCUUUGACGAUCCACGAGGGAUAGAUGGCGACGCAAGUGCUUCUUGGUCACACAGCAUACGCCCUAAUAGCAGCUGGUUUGGCUCCAGCGAGACGACUCCGCUGUUGUUCAACAGGGCAGAUCAGACAAACCAGCAUCACACUCUCUACUCCACACCCCAAACCUGAGCACUCCAGAGCAUGGUUUUUUAGGAUGUGACAUUGAAUAUUCUCAGGCAAUAAUGCAUCAGUACCUCUGCCUAUGAAGUCUAAUAGGUCAUCUUUGCACUGAAACCUAGUGAACAUGCUAGCACAUUCCAUUUCUUAAUAACUUAAUAACUAUAGCAGCAUUUUAAGGAGUAUCUAUUCUGUUUACAUAAAUAAGGACCACUAAAGGACUUUUUUUUAAAAAAAAAAGAAAGGAUAUCAUAAGUCAUAUUAGCAAUGUUGACUGCAGUGCUUAAUGUGCAAGUGGUUUUUCAGAAUGAGGGAUUUUCAUUUUAAAUGCUUUUAAUACGAACAAUUUCACUUUUUUUUGGCUGUAUUUUAAUGCUUUAAU